AUGCUCACGUCCAUCACUCCGACAUCCCUUCAGCCAGUCCACUCGUUCAAUCUCGACCAUGCCGUCCAUACUCACGCGAUCUCUCCCAUACCCAGUACUUCCCCUCUCGUGGCCGCCGGCACUUCUCACCCGACGAUCAGACUGCUGGAUCUGCGCUCCGGCCUAGCGACCCACUCACUCGCGGGACACAACGGCGCCGUGUAUGCUCUGGCCUGGUCGCCAAUCGACGAACAUAUACUCGCUUCCGGCGCCACCGAUGGCCGAGUCUUCUUCUUCGACAUACGCCGCGCCAACGCCGUCUUUGCAUCCCUUGACCUCGACGACGCCAUCGGCGUAUCCCUCAAGGACCGCAACCGCUUGGGCGGGAGGACAGGCGAGCUUCUCAAUUUCUCAGCACAGGCUCAUUCUGGACCUGUGACCAGUGUGCAAUGGACGUCUCAUCCACACGACAAGAUCGUCACCGCAGGCCAUGAUCAACGAAUCCGAGUCUGGGACGCGGCCAGUGGGAGAAACGAGCUCGUUCACUUUGGGCCGCGGCUGAAGAAUGCGCGUAUGGGCAAUUUUGGGCCUCUGCUAGCUUCCGCUGGGUACUGUAGUAAGCCCGUCAAUGAAGUCCUCCUUUGGGCAAAUGAUGAUUCGAAAGGCGACAUCAGCGUGUUUGGGCUAAGAGAAGGCGAUGUGAGGGGCACGAAGCAGACGGGUGGCGUGCUCAAGGGUAGGGUUGCGAAAGAAAGUGAAGGAGAUCGGUUGAGGGGUAGAGGAAGGAUCAAUGCUAUGGUCUGGAGGGAGGGCGACGACAGUCAGGCGAAGAAUGGGCUCGAGAUGUUGUCGGCGCAUGGUGAUGGGACUGUGGGAGUUUGGCGAGUCCCGGAGCUUGAUGGAUCAGUAGACGUAGGUGUAGGUGUAUUGAAGGCAGCCAACGGCGAGGAGGACGUGAAUGCGGAUGAGGAGGAUGAUGAGAGGCCGAAGAAGAAGCGAAAGAAGCAAGACUUCAAUGCCCUGGUCGAAGGAUUGACCAAAAUGAAAUGA